AGCAAGUAAUCACAGUCACAAAAAGGAAAACUAUACGAAGAAGAUAAGUGUGGGACCAACAGUAUCACAAACCAUUCCCUGCCUCUCAAUCUCUUUGCUCUCAGUGCCUUAGAACACAAUCCAUGUAACCACCACUAGCACCAUACCACACUGCCAAAAUCAACAAACCAAAAAGGUAAACUUUUUGCAACAACCAUGGUUGCAAUGGCAGCAGCAACAGCAUCCACCCAGUUGAUUUUCUCAAAGCCUUGUUCCCCUUCACGUCUAUGCCCCUUCCAACUAUGUGUCUUUGACACUAAACAAGUGCUAUCAAGUGGCAGGAGAAGGCAUGUGGGGGGUUCUGGAGUUAGGUGCAUGGCUGUGGGGGAAGCAGCAACCACUGGGACAAAGAAGAGAAGUGGAUAUGAGCUUCAAACACUCACUAGCUGGUUGCUGAAGCAGGAGCAAGCUGGGGUGAUUGAUGCAGAACUCACUAUUGUGCUGUCUAGCAUUUCCAUGGCAUGCAAACAGAUUGCUUCUUUGGUGCAAAGAGCUAACAUUUCCAACCUCACUGGGGUUCAAGGUGCUGUCAAUGUUCAAGGGGAAGACCAGAAAAAGCUUGAUGUUGUUUCAAAUGAGGUUUUCUCAAACUGCUUGAGGUCAAGUGGGAGGACAGGGAUAAUAGCAUCAGAGGAGGAAGAUGUGCCAGUGGCAGUAGAAGAGAGUUAUUCUGGAAACUACAUUGUGGUGUUUGACCCACUUGAUGGGUCAUCCAAUAUUGAUGCUGCAGUGUCAACUGGGUCCAUUUUUGGGAUAUACAGCCCCAAUGAUGAGUGUCUUGCUGACAUUGAUGAUGACCCCACCCUUGACACAACAGAACAAAGAUGUAUUGUGAACGUGUGCCAACCUGGAAGCAACCUUCUUGCAGCUGGUUACUGCAUGUAUUCUAGCUCAAUAAUCUUUGUUCUCACACUUGGAAAUGGAGUGUUUGUGUUUACAUUGGACCCGAUGUAUGGCGAAUUCGUUUUGACUCAGGAAAACCUCCAGAUACCUAGAGCAGGCAAAAUCUAUGCAUUCAAUGAAGGUAAUUAUCAGUUGUGGGAUGAGAAGCUAAAGAAAUAUAUUGAUGAUCUCAAGGACCCAGGUCCAAGCGGCAAGCCUUAUUCUGCAAGGUACAUUGGUAGCUUGGUAGGAGAUUUCCACAGGACACUGCUAUAUGGUGGCAUUUACGGGUACCCCAGGGACAAGAAAAGCAAGAAUGGGAAACUAAGGCUCCUGUAUGAAUGUGCUCCUAUGAGCUUCAUUGUAGAACAAGCUGGUGGAAAAGGGUCAGAUGGCCAUCAAAGAAUACUCGACAUUCAACCAACAGAGAUUCAUCAACGUGUGCCACUGUACAUUGGGAGCGUUGAAGAGGUAGAGAAGGUGGAAAAGUACUUGGCUUAAACGAUAAGCUAAUGCAAGAGGUUUACUUGUGUAUGAAAACUAUGCCCAAUCAAAACUUCCAAAGCAAUACAAUCAGGUUUUAAGGAAGAAUUCUUUUUAUACCCCCCUCCCCCUCCGUCCUUUUGUGCAAAGAAAAAAGUGAUGCCAACAAUCUUCAUAUCAGUUUGAACAAGAAUUUUGUAUAACUUUGAACAUGUUUCAAAUUGGAUAUAAUUUUGUUCAUUCUGGCAAUAUUUCUGCCAAGAGAAGCAAUCAUGUCAGUAAAUUUCAAACCCUUCUUUCUCACUGAUA